AGUGUCAAAAUAAACCGCAGAAAGUAACGAAAAUAUAAAAAGUUUAAAUGGAUCCGAGUAUUUUCUUUUAUUUAAGUUCCAGCGAUGAAGAAAAUAAUGAAAGAGUUGUGCGAAAACAACUUCGAGACAAAAGCAAUCCGCUAGCAUUAUCAAACAAUGCGUAAGUACUUUAUAUAUGACGAAAAAUAGGUAAUAAAAUAUCCUUCGCUUACAGGUUUAUCAAAAGGUUUCGCUUAAGCAAAGAAGCAUUUAAUUAUGUUUUAAAUAACAUAAAUAUAAAUUGCCAAGACACAAAAGCUGUUCCGGCGGUGCUCCAACUGGCUGCGUGUCUCAGCCUACUCGCAAGUGGUGGCUAUCAGCAUGCAAUAGGCAAUGACUAUUUGAUAGGAAUGUGCCAGAGCACUGUCUCGAAAUUAACGGGCAAUGUUUUGGAAGAAAUUGAAGCCAAAUUGUGUCCUAAACAUAUUAAAUUUGAGCCAGAUGAUUCGAGGAGGUGCAAAGAGUGGUUUGUUGAGAACUAUAAAAUUCCAGGAGUGGUUGGAUGCAUUGAUGGCACCCACAUUGGACUACAAAAGCCCACGGUCAACGAGCAUAUGUAAUUAUUUCAACAGGAAGGGUUUUCAUAGCAUAAAUGCGAUGUUGAUUUGCGACCACACUACGAAAAUUCUCGCAAUAAACUGCCAAUAUGGGGGUGCAGCCCACGACUCAUUCAUAUGGAAGCAUUCAAACGAACGAAUGGUUAUGGAACAUCGUUUUUUGCACAAUAGGAGUGACAAUGCCUGGCUGCUAGGGGACUCUGGAUAUCCACUUGAGCCGUGGUGCAUAACACCGUACAGAAAUCCAUCGGACGGAUCAGGUGAAGCAAGGUUCAAUGAAAUUCAUUCCAAGGCACGGUGCAUCAUUGAACGAACUAAUGGUGUACUGAAAGGUCGGUGGAGAAUCCUAGAGUACAACAAAAGAGGAAGAUAUGAUCAUAUAAAAGUGGCUAGGUUUGCGAAUGUGUGUGCAGCGCUUCACAACAUUUGUAUACAAUAUAAUGUGAGCUUUACAGCAACAAAUUCAGAGAGUCAAACCGCAUCUGACAUAGUGUCUGAAGAAGGCCAGUAUACUAGAAUCGACCAAACAAUCAGAGAUCAAAUUAAAAUGUCGUUGAUGAACUCGACAUAA